UUUGCAACGAACUGUCGAAAUGAAGACCAUAAUUGACGUGUUUCACUAUAAUUAAGCCUUAAACAUCUGGUUUUCGAUUAUUCAUUUUUUCUUCUUCAUGAAAGUUACUCUUUAAAGUCACAUUUUAAGAAGAUUAAUUGUAGAAAUGGGCAGGGUUUAUGACUUUGUGGCUGUGGUAACUAGUGACGACCGAUGAGACCCCGCGUCCUUCCGUGUUUUUGUUAAGAUUAUAUGUUUGGGCCCGCCCCCUCCCUGCUUACUGCCGUGACCCUACACAUCUUCUGUAGGCUAAAGACUAUUUUCAGGCAGAGAUGGACUUCCCGGGUCACUUUGAGCACAUCUUCCAGCAGCUGAACCACCAGCGUGUCAGUGGUCAGCUCUGUGACUGUGUGAUUGUGGUGGGGGGCCAACAGUUCAGGGCCCACCGCUCUGUCCUGGCAGCCUGCAGUACACACUUCAGGGCCCUUCUGAAUGCAGUGGAGGGGGAUGGCGGAGGAGCCAGUGUGAUGGAGCUGGACCUAGAGGUGGUGACUCCUGAGGCUUUCGCCGCCCUGCUGGACAUGAUCUACACCUCCACUCUCACUCUGGGGGCCUCCAACGUAAUGGACGUGCUCCUGGCUGCCUCCCACCUGCACCUCAACACUGUGGUCAAGGCCUGCAAGCACCACCUCACCUCCCGCAGCUUCCCCACAUCGCCCCCGCGUGGUUGGAGGUCGCCAGUGCAGCAGCAGCGGUUCAGCCAUGCAGUGGACCAGCAGCACCUGAGGCAGUCUCCAUCCCAGGCAGAAGCCAUGGCUGGGGUCAACUCCAGGCAGCAGAGAUCUGUCCUGCUCCAGCAGCUGGGGCUCAGCCUGGUCACAUCGGCCCUGGAAGGUAGCCUCGACGUUGGCGAGACUGUGUUGAAUGCUAGCCAGGCUGGAGGCAGGGACGGAGGGGUUGGAGCGGGUGGAAGCAUGGAGCAACUGGCAGCUUUCUCUGGUCGGCGUCACCACAAACGCAAGAGCUCUUCUCCCCAAGUGUUUCAGGAGGAGAGGCUGAACAGCAAGCAGAGUGGGUGCAGGCUGUCUGAGGGGAAUCACAGGGAGGGCUGCCCAAGGGUGUCCAGGAGUAAUGGGGGGGAGGAGCUUCCCUCCCCUGACUCCCUAAAGACAGACGAGUGCCUCUGCCUGGAGAGGGAAGAUGCAGAGAAGCAGGAGGAGAAGUAUGAAGGGACUUUACAAGAAGAGGUACAGCUGCCUAGCCAAUCAGAUAGUAGCAUGGGAGGGACACGGGAGGAUGGGGGAGAGGAUCACACAGAGGGUUCUCUGGUGGAUGGAGGGAUUGUGUUUAAAGUGAAAGUGGGAGAAGAAGAGGAGGAUCAGAAGAUGGAUGUAGUUGUGAAGAGUGAGCAGGUGAACUCCUCCUAUCCAGACACACCAGGUGUGUCCAGUGAUCCUCCAUUCCCAUCCGAGGACACUGGUGAUCAUCAGGAUGAGCCAGCAAAUGAUGAGAAAGACAUACUCAGCCCGAAGGGAAAUGACCCAAGCUCAUCCAACCCCCAAUCUACCUCCAAUCCACAGAGAGCGACACACCCACUCCAAGACAACACGGAUGGAGGAGAUUGGUUGUCUGAUAAUGAGGGCCUAGACAGCAACCAAGACCUGGGCCUUUCCUGCAUUCUCAACCCCAGGAGUCAGCUUGAGGCGUUAGGAGAGGACAGUCUCCUUAACACCACCAUCAGUGAAGCUCAGGCAGAAAGCAAUGAGGCUGUUAGGUCACUUCAAAACUCAGAGGCAACAAACACCUCCUCUUCCUCUGCUUCCUCUUCCUCCCUUAUGUUCCCAGUAACCUCUGUCCCCUUCCAGCAGCUCCUCAGCAGUGAGGGGCACAGUUUCAGUGAUGGAUUCAUCCUCCAGCCCACCCAGAAUCAGGACGUUCUGGGGGGCUUCUUGAGGGGCGUCAGGCCAGAUGUAGGCACCUUGGGCAGCCUCAGUCUGAGCACGUCCCACUCCCGAUCAUUCAGGGCUGAGAUGACCGGAGUUGGGGGUAGCUUAGGGCCGCCAUCUUACCGUCGCAUCGCCCCAAAAGUGAACCCCAACUCUGAGGGCCAGAUAGACGGACCCCAGGAUGCUUCCUCCUCCUCCGGUCCAGCAGGGGGGGAUACUGCUCCUCGUCCUGCCCUCACCAGAGCAUCAGAGGAUGUCCUUUCAAAGUGUAAGAAGGCCCUGACGGAGCACAAUGUCCUGGUAGUGGAGGGGGCGAGGAAAUACGCCUGCCGGAUCUGCUGUAAGACCUUCCUGAACCUGACUGACUGUAAGAAACACAUCAGGGUCCACACAGGAGAGAAGCCCUACGCCUGCCUCAAGUGUGGCAAACGCUUCAGUCAGUCGUCCCAUUUGUACAAACAUUCUAAGACCACCUGUCUACGCUGGAAGAUCAGCCACCUGCCUGCCACGCUGCUCUGAGAGACAGGGAAAUCAGGUGGAAACGCUGUGAAACAUAGCCAGUGGUACCAGUCAGAAAGCUCAUUGACAUUUUCCAUUUCAAAAUGUUCUGCCACAUCAGGGUUAUGUUUGUCUGGUCAUUGCUUUAAAUCUUGUUAAGUAGACACUUUAAUAUUGGACACUCUUUAAUUUUGGACACUUUAAUAUCGAUGUGAAAACGAAUGUUGACUGUGUGUUAGUGAUUUUAGAAAGCACAUACAGUAUGUUGUAGAUUGUCUAGAAGACGACUACAUGAAAUGUGACGUGUUAUCAUCAUAGAACAGAGAGAAUGGAACUCUUUAAAAUAAUCUUUACAAUGCAUCACACACUAUUUCUCAGUAGGAUCAUUAUUGAAGAGUGAUCAAAAUGAAACUAAUUUGGAACCAAACUGAUCCCUGACUACUGUCUUCUGAUCUAUUCUAACUGUAUUCAUUAUUAAUUUACGCAUGGAUCUAGAAUUCUUCUUAUGGGGGAAAUAAUAUGUUCACACAUUUCUACAUUGAACAUAAAGCUUUAUUCAACAAAGCCAGAAUGACAGACCGUGUUAGAGGGAGGGAAAAAUCAGGAGUGAUCAGCUGGUUUGAAACAAUGAUUACAGAUGGAUAAUUUUACCAUAGAAUUUGAAACAAAUUAAUUAGAGAGUGUUUCUUAGAAUUAUGCACAACUAGACAACUGAGAUCCAUAUCUCAAUAUGUUAACAAACACAACUGGAAUGAGAACAAGAGAAAACAUUACCAUUACAACUACUAUUUUACUAUUUUAGUCAAGUGUUUUGUACAAUUGAACAAAGUGUUUCAUAAGAACAAGAAGGCCACUGUAAUUAAUUAAGUGUGUGCAGAGACAUUGUAGUGCUUUUCUACGUCUUUAAAAAGGAAGCCAUGGCUGACCCUUAGGAGUACUGUUAGUGUACUAAGGCAUGUUCUCAAAACGCUAAUACUAUACACUUCCUCUUUCAAGUCACAUUUUAUAAGUUAGUUAUUUCUUAUAAACACUAAGAGCAAGAGGCAGAAGUUUACCUUCAUGUUAGGAGAGCAUGUUAAAGGAAAGAUUAACCCAUUUUGAAUGUUAUAUAGUUUUUGUGCAUCUAUUUGCCAUUCAAGCAGUCAUAAAUACAGCCGGUAGGAUGAAUUUUGCAUCAUAUACAAAACCCGUCAUACCGGCUGUAUUCUAUGAUGCAAAACCCGCCAUACCGGCUGUAUUCUAUGAU